CCCCACUUCAUUAUAGCUCUUCUUCUUCUUCUUCUUCACGAUUCACCAUCGCCAACGAGGAACGGGUGAUCUAAAUUCAAGUAUUGAUUAUUCCUCGAAGUUCUAGCACAAAUCAAGCGUCGGAAGCUUUUGGAUCAAGAUGAUACCUGUUUGGCCUUUCGCUAAGGCUGCUCAACCCAAUGAAGCGUCUGUUCAGAACGCCAAUGAAAGCCAAAAUGAGCAGAGAGAUGGGAUCGAAAACAAGCACAAGAAGGAAUCUGGACAGCCAGCUAUAGUGCCAUCCAAAUGUCCGUUUGGAUAUAAACAACAAGCUGGGAGUGAAAUUAAUCCUAAGCAAGAGUCUGGGGAGCAACCAAUGGGGCCGUCCAAAUGCCCCCUUGGAUACACACCGCAAGCUGUAUGUGAAAACAAGGCUAAGAAGGAGACUAGGGAUGGUAUUGUUUCGCCAAAGUGCCCUCUUGGAUUUGAUUCUCAAACAUUUAAGCUCGGCCCUCUUAGCUGCAUGAUUUGUCAAGCACUACUUUAUAAUUGCAGCAGAUGUGUGCCUUGUUCUCAUGUAUUUUGCAAAGUAUGUAUCACACGCUUCAAGGACUGUCCAUUAUGUGGAGCUGAUAUUGAGAAGAUUGAAGCCGACAUUAAUCUUCAAAGUACCGUGGAUCGCUUCAUUGAAGGGCAUGCAAGGAUCAAGAGAUCUCAGGUUGAUGCAGACCAAGAUGUAGGUGAUAGAAAGGCAGUUAUAUAUGAGGACGUUUCUUUGGAAAGAGGUUCAUUUUUGGUGCAUCAUGCCAUGCGAGCAUUUCGUGCAAAUAAUGUUGAAAGUGCAAAAUCAAGACUGAGCCUAUGUGUUGAAGAUAUUCGAGAACAGGUAGAAAGAAUGGGAAAUACGUCAGAAUUGUGCUCACAGCUUGGAGCAGUUCUGGGUAUGCUUGGUGAUUGCUGCCGAGCAACUGGGGAUGCAGCUUCUGCAGUCAACUAUUUUGAAGAGAGUGUAAACUUCCUUCUGAAAGUUCCUAAAGACGAUUUAGAGAUCACCCAUACACUUUCUGUUUCUCUAAAUAAAAUUGGAGACCUCAAAUAUUAUGGGGAAGACUUACAAGCUGCAAGGUCAUAUUACUUCCAAGCAUUGGAUAUUCGGCGCAAUGCCAUCAAGCAGCAUUCUCUGCCAACCCAGAUCAUAGAUGUGGCGAUUUCACUUGCAAAAGUUUCUGAUGUGGAUAGAAAUCUUGGAAAGGAGGAAGCUGCAGUAGACGGGUUUCAAGAAGCCAUUGAAAUGCUUCAAUCUCUGAAGCUGAAUCCUGAAGAAGCUGGGCUUGAACAGCGGAGAUUAUCGGUGCUCGAGUACCUCCAUAGUCAGCUUGGCAAGAAAGAUUCCCCAUUUCAGGUUCAUGAUUGAUCGAUGGUUUUCAUCCAAAUAGUCCAAUAUUGAAGACAUCAGUUUGUAAAUUGCUUGGAAGGGCUGUGCCACUUCUUGUACACCAAAAAAAAAUGUCAUACGCCGAUUUAUACGCCAUACAUAAAAACACCAUUUUUGUUCUUGCAAGUGUUUAGUCUUGUCUCUUUGUGCGCACACGAAUGUCACAGAAAACACAGAUGUAUGCGAGAGCAGAAAAGGUUGUUUCUGUGUAUUAUAACAUAUAAGUUGGUGUGUACAACCUUUGCCUUGUUAUAACGCCAUGAUUUUCUCACUUUUUGCACUGCCAGAACUGAAGUUAAAACUGAACUUUUUUGGGUGUUAAUGUUGGGUUGGCCAAGCAAAAGGGCUC